UCUCAGGUCUAUAAAUAGCCCGCCUGCUAUUUAUAGGUGACCCACUUAAAAACACCCUGUGUGAGGUGGCUACCUGGGACCUGGGACCUGGGACCAUCAGCAGGAUUGGAUGGACCAGGCCCUCACAGCUGCCGCAGGGAAAGGACCUUCUAUUUGCUGAGAGGAUGGCUCCGCCCGACCAAUCAGUUCAGAUUCUGAGAAUACCCGAAGCCAGACCCGGUGGCAUGGUGUCACCUCAGCACACUUGCACUGGGGGAAGGCCAGCUAGCCUGGCAGAGGACUCAGUGAAGACCCAUCUCAAAAUGGAGCAGGGCUGGCAUGCCAGACGUCUCUCUAAGGUAGGAGAUGUCACUGUGUGCGGGACUCUGCGCCCUGAAGGAAGUCACUGGCUAUUUCUCAGUCCCAGGGCUGGUAGCUGGGUUUAGAUUUGUGUUGACUGCUGAUAGUCAGCUGAGCUUGGUCUAUUAUGCUGGACUCCCUUUCUCAGCAGGGGCCCCUCCUGAAACCUAAAAACUUCUACGGAGCCUCCCAUGACCCUCCAGGAAGAUUACAGGACCCAGUCUUUCCUGACAAGAAACCUGUUGAGCAAGCACCUGGGGAACUCCUGGGGACGCGCACCCUAUGCUAAUAUGAUGUCUGGGUGUCCAGCUUUCAACCGAUGACCUUUAACUGUACUGGGAGAUUUUCCUCCACGCACAGGAUAAUUCAGUACCGUGCCUCCUUCUCGUGAUAGGACCCCGUUACUGCAUGUAAAUGAGGCACUGGACCACUGCAUGUAAAUCAAGUGUUCCUAGCACCUCUAUCCCUGUCAGUCAAAUGGUCACGCUCGAAACCCCGCACACUGCCCAAAGCUUAUAAAUCCUUGGAUUUCACAUGUAAUGAGGGUGCUGCAUGAUACCAUCAGCUCCCCAUCAUUUAUCCUGGCGAAGGGAGGGCUCCUCCUUCCCUUCCUCUCCUCCAUCCCUCCUCCCCUCUUCCCUUUUGCUUUUCUUCCCCUCCUCUUCCCCUCCUCCUUUCCCCUCCUCCCUUCCUCUCCCUUUCCUUCGUCUUCCCCUUCUCCCCUCCACCCCCUUCCUAUCGGGGAUCAGCUACCCGACCACCAUGAGCUCGCUCACCACCCAGGGAAACACCUGCCAGGCCUGGACCUGCCCUCCCUGCUGCCAGGCUUGUGUCUCCCCAGACUCUUCUGGCUGGCUUCAGACAACUGCCAUGCUCAGCACGGCAGCUUAACCGAGGAGCUCUAACACUUUGAUAUUGUCAUAAGCUGUGGAACUCCCCAGUUUCCCAUGGGCAAACUCAUUUUAAAAGAGUCAACUAACCAACACCCCAUAGAAAACUCACUUCCAUCUCUCCAAGUGAGACCCAGGCCUCACCCUAAUGUGCUCUAGCUGUUCCUGAAAGGGGGCCUCCGAUCUCGGAGUUGCUCUGUCCUCCAUCCAGAGGCCAACAGCCUUGUCCAUUCCAGACUCCCAAGAAUGACAGCUAGGGUCCAUUUUGACUGUGGGAUGUGCUUUCAGCCAAUCAGAGUCCAGAUAGCAGGAGGCACUGGCCCUUUCUCCCCUAGCUUGCCUCACACUGAGAGCAGGGAAGGUUUGUGCCUGCUUCUGCUGUCUGAUGAGAAAAAGGGUGGUCUCAGGCCUCCAAAUAGUCACUAAUUAAGGCUUUGCUCUUAAGGUAGUGUGGGGUGCGUGGCAGUGCAGAAUCUUCAGGAGAGGACCCAGCCUGAGGCAUCUGAGAGGCAUCCAUUGUGGCUAGUAACUCCCAUGAGAACAGGAGCAGGAAUUUCUCCACAUCAGGGCUACAGGAGCUGGAGAGAUGGCUCAGAAGAUAAGCAGAUGUCCCGGGGCUUGAUUUUUGGGACUUGCGACCCCUGGUCAAGGAAAUCAGAUGUCCUCUGAUCUCUGUGGGUACCAGGCAUAUAGUUCUUGAACAUACAAGCAAAACACUCAGAAACAUAAACUCUAAAAAAUAACAGUAAACUACUGUUUCUUGUAAAUGAACACAUCCAUCUUUCCUUUUUCUCUGCACUGGUGUCCCUUUUGCCCUUGCUUGCACUAGUCUCUAAUACAUUACUAAGUGAGGAUCGUUUUCCACAUGAACUACCCAUAGGCACACACACAUGAAUAGAUGCAUAAAAAUACACAAAUAACACACCAUUAUAAACAUGGAAGGCCAUGGUAGGUUCUGGUGUCACUUCCCUCCCAUAUGUGAUGCUUGGUCAUUCCUGGUUGACAGGAAACCCCUAAAACAAACACUAUUGCUUUAUGCAAACAUUCAAGCAGUCACACAAGUACAGAAAAUAACACCUUGGUGACCAAGCAGGACGGUUCGGACAGAGAGGCAGGCGGCGCAUAUCUGUCUGUGAGAUGGAAGCGGAGGCAGGAGAGCCCCCGGAACCCUGCAGGCCAACUAGUCUGGAGAAUGUGGCACCAACGCGAGAAGACUUCACCUCUGCAACAUAGAAGACCACAGCAGUUGUCCUCAGGCCUCCAGACAUGUGCCGUGAACAGCUGACUCUGGCUAAGAUGAACCUCCGGUGAGCCUGGCCCCAUGUACUACAAGCUCUGGUGCCCAGCACACCUGAAACGGGUUGAGGAGCACACAGAUGAUAAGUAUAUACUGCUUGGGGGUGGGGGCAAGCUGGGUACACGGCUGAGGCCUGUGAUUCUAGCACUGGAGGCCGAGAUGGGUGAACUGAGCGAUCAAACCUGGGUGCCACAGGGGAUCCUGUUGCCUCAAGACAAGCAAACAUCAGGCCGAAUUUCUGGUGGAACAAACCAUGCCCUUGGGUUCCUGAGUGCUCAGGGGUCCCUGUGCGCUGAACUGCUAGGCCUCUACACUCCACUGUCUUUCUAAAGAUGGAAGAACUAGCUUGUGUUGCUGCUGUAUGAACUGGUGGUGCCAGGAGGACCAGGCGUAUCCUGGCAAGCACGGUGCCCGUGGACAGAGAUGCUUCACAGCUGAUGGUCACCUGCUUCCCUUCCCCUGGAGAGUACAGCUGAGGGAGCCAUGACUGUGGCCGUGUAACUUCGUGGGUAUUUUUCUAGUCCCAUCCCAUGUGACUGGGAUGCCAUCCUGCUUACAAGCUCCCCUCAGCAGCAUCUGGUCACCGGCAGUGAUCCAGCCAGUGAUGAGCACUGGGCUGUCUCCCUCAGAAUCAUCCACAAUAGGGGCCGACGUGUGUCUUUGUGGGUUCUGACUCACACCAAGUAAACAGGAAGGGAGACUCGGGAUCUGCGUCUCCUAUGUGAGGCACAGGUUGGCAAUCGUGAGCCUGGAGCUUGUGGACUUCCUGAGAUGCAAAAUCACCAGGCAGGCUGGCACUAACUUCCUCAGUGUGCAGCCUGUACACAACAGUCUCCAAUGGCCAAUGCUACUUCCACUAACCACUAGUCCCAAUCAUGUAUACCGUGUCCUCCCGUCUCACAGCGGUGAUAGGGAGGACUGCACACAGAUUUCCUGUCAGUGAAACACCGCACUCUACAGCCCAGCCCCUACCCCAAUUUUCAGCGCCUGAAGAUACUUCAUGACUCCUCUCCCUGGUCCCCUUGUUAGUCCCUCAGAUUCCAGUCAGGCUUGCCGUGAGUGGGUUUCCACCCAUGCUGCAUUCUGGGUAAACUGACAAAACAGAGCCUUUCUGAAGACAAAGCAGGGUGGUCAGAUGUCGGGAGAGGAGAGGAGGGCUCUCAUCAGUGUUACUGACAGUUUUACUGCACCCGAUGCAGAGUCAUCACGGUAGAAGCCGAGUCAAACCUCCUGGGAAGGGGGCUUUGAGAAGCUGGACGUCCAGUGGGGGCAUUGUGGCCUGCUACUGAUGGCCUGCUACCCGAGGGGGGCGGGCAGUGGCAAAGGCCACAGCACUGCUUCUGAUAGGUGCACUUGGACACUCGUCAGCAGGCUGCGCCUGAAAUGGGCUGAACACCCUGUUUAUUUCCACUUUAUGAUUUCUUAAUGAAGUGGGAUCUGCAGGGACAGGGAUAAUAUAGAAUAUUCAUACAUACGUAGAUAAUAUAAAAUAUAGCUAGAUGACAGCUAAGAUGGAUGGAUGAUAGAAGUUAGGGAUGAUACAUAGGUGAUAGAUGACGGAUAGACGGACGGACGGAUGGAAAGAGACACAGAUGCGGAUCUGUAAAGAACAUUGGCUCGCCUAAUCUCUCAGCACCACGUAGCCGCUCCAACAAAAGCAGGCGGGCAACUCGGGCUAGGUAGGGAAACAAAACCAAAUCUCGCGAGAGGGCUGCCAUCGGCCGCCGUCUGCGCGACUCUCGCCGCGGCUUCCGGCCGGCGGGCCGGGCUGGCGGCGUCGCCCAGGGCAACGGCGAUGGCGGCUGAGGCGGCCGGGCGGCUCUUCUCGCUGGAGCUGCUGGUGGACUGGGUGCGGCUGGAGACGGGGCCGUGGCCGUGCGCCGCGGGCCCCGCCGUGGCGUUCCGCCUGCUGGACUUCCCGCCGCUGCUCGUCCUCCCCCCGCCCGCGGCCAGCCCCGAGCCCCGGAGCGGCACCAUCAGCUUCGGGCGCGGCAAGGCCUGCCUACUGCGCCUGCGCCCCGCCGGCCUGCGGCGCCCGCGCCUGCGCGCUGCGGUGCUGCGGCUGCCCGAGGAGCCGGGCUGCGCGCUGCGCCUGCUCGGGGUGUGUGACGUCCUCCUGAAGGCCUGCCCGGGCCAGCGGGCCGUCUUCACCCUGCGCGGCCCAGCGGCGGAGCGCGUCGGGGAGUUGGCGCUCUUCUACCGCCUGACCGAGCUGGGACGCUUCCCUCCGGGGCCUGGAGGCCCGCUGAGCCCUGGGGACGUCCUGCAGGGGUCGGAGCCGCGAACGCGCGAGAGCCCGAAGCCGGGCACCCGAGCCUCCUCGGCCACGAGCCUGCAGCGUGCCGCAGACGGAUGCCACUUGGAGGCCCCGGAGCCGCUCGCCGAGGACACCCGCUGCUGGUGUGCAGAGGACUGGGUCCCCUCGGCCGAGCAGAAGGCCUGGGAAGAAGCCAUCUUACAUAGCUUGGCCAGCUCUGCGGACAUAUCUUCCGUGUCUUGCUCCCCUGCGCCCAGUGAGAGGUCUGCCAGUCCCCUCAGCCCGGAGGCCACGGAGCUGGACUUUGAAACCAACACCUUUUGCCCCCCUCCUCUGUAUUACACUCACCUGACUCAGGAAAAGACUCCUUCUGCCAGGGUUGAGAUCACUAUCGAGCCUGAGAGAAACGGACCCGAGAGUCUGGAUGCUAUUUUUCCCGAAGCAGAGCCGAUAGGUCCUCCCGCAGGUCCCGUGCGAUCUGCGGUGUGGGAGAAGCCCUCGGUGCCUCUAAGUCCUCCACAGAUGCGGCGUUCCGAAGCAGCUAACAAGUCGGCCUCUCCCCCGCAGGAUGAGCAAACUGCAGCCAACGCGAUAAGACACCUGCCGCUGUUGAACGCUUUAUUGAUCGAGCUGUCCUUGCUGUGCAACCAGCCCGUGUCAGAUCCCUCUCAGGUUCAUCCCCACUUAGCCUGGUUGUACAGAGGUGAGCAACACCAGGGCCCAGAUCCUCCCACCAAGUCCUCAAGUCAGUCAGAAUCAAAGAGCAGCAAGCUUUCCGGGCGAGAAAGUGAAAAGCCUUCCAGUGUUCAGUCUAGGAAGAACCCUAAAAGUAAACGUUCAGAGAAGACCAGUGGCAGCCCACCACGGCUUCCCAAGGGGAAGCUGCUCUAUGGUUUAACAAACUCACUGAGGCUGCGUCUAAAGCAGACAAACCCCGACAUGCUGGCCGUACAUGAAAAGAGGGAACAGUAUAGAAAGUCCCAGAAACAGGCUGUGGGCCCAAAGUUCCGAGUCCGGUCAUGGAAAGAGAAAAAAGGCUCAGGCUUGGCGGCACAUGGCAGGGUGCCACCUCAGCCCCUGAUGAACAAGUCUUCACUCUCAAAUGGGUCCCUUGCUGAAGGCAGUGAUACUUCAGUGCAAGUCAGCACUGGCUUUGAUGAGUCAAAUACAACUAAAGAAACAAAAGGAAGCCAUGCUGUGAAGAAAGAAACCGUUGAUGGGAGGGAAAACAGACCCAAGGAUGCUUUGCCGGAAGCACCUAUGAGCUCUGCAGGCCCCAUUAUUCCAGAAAGAUUUCCUCACUCAAAUAUUUUGGGAGGAAAAUCAAUGAAAGUCCAAGGCCCAGGGCUUUCCCAGCAGGAUCCUACUGUUGACAAGAGUGCAGAUGAGGGGAGAGAUGGUGGGCAGGUCAGAGUCGCAGACAUCGUGCCUGCUGAUGCAGGUGGAGACCGACCACCCAGUAGACAGAGUUCCUGUGAGAGCAUCUCAGAGUUACAGUCCCAGCAUGAGUGCAGCAGCCUUUGCUAUUCGGAAGACUUCUGCACCAGUGAAAACAGCAGGAGUCUGCCUGCUCUCCCCAGUACCACAGGGGCAGAAAAGGCAGAGCAGGGUUCACAGGCAAGCCAGCUAAGCGAGGCUGGGCUGUUCACAAGGAAAAACAGCAGUGACUCGGGUUCUGUGCUCACCCCCGCCUUUUCCGCUGGCUCCCCCGUGUGUUCAUGCAAGAGCUCUCGGGUAUUGAAGACUUAUGAUAGCCUAGAGGACGUAGCCAGUCUCUCCACAAGUGACUUUUUAUCACAAUGGACAAGUGAGAAGGAAGACAGGGCAGAUCCUGUGAGUUCAGGUAGUUCAAAGGUCGUGAGGAGAUGUCAGGACAGCUCCACAAAACUUAAAGCAGGGGCCAGUCACAAGUCAUCUGAGAAAAGCCAGUCACCAAGGACGUCUCAAGUGAGUUCUUAUGAGCCAUCACAUAUUUCUGAGCUAGAGCUCAGGGCUGUAGACAACAGUGUGUCAUCUGACCUCCAAGAAGACGAAGAUAGCCUUGGUUCUCUGCGUAUCUCCAAACAGUGCCGAGAUAUCUGUGAAUUAGUAAUAAAUAAGCUUCCCGGGUACACAGUGUGAAAGUAUGCUGCUUUCGGAAACUAGCUGUAUAGCUGAUGAGUGCCAGUCCUGCAGAGAUAACCUGAGUAUGUGUGUGGUAGUUCUUUUAAGAAGUGUAAAUAGUUUGUUGUUGUUUAGCGCCUUACCCUUCAGGCUGAUGCUACUCUGAAGUCGCUGUUAUGCUUAGGAAUUAUUGCUUUGUAAGAUGCUUAAGAUUAAAGUUUGUCUGUAUAAUCUGUGAAGAUUAUUUGAAAGUUGUCAUUUCUUGCACCACUGUAAAUAGAAGGGCUUGUUAAUAAGUUUAGCACCAGUGUGUAACGAGAGUAAAUUUUCUAACAGGUGUGCUGGAGCUGGAGAGGAGCAAUGUAUUUGUGAUUUACCCAUGCUGCUGAGAAUUUACACACCCUCAUGACAUUCUGUUCCUUUAUUCUUCAGUCUCUUCUCUUACUUGGUUAACACUUACUUGAGCUUAUGUUCUUUGAUGAGAGAGCCUGUCUUGUACACACCGAUAUUACCUGAGUUCUUAGGAAGCUGCUGAAUGAAUGCCUUGGUAUUUGAAAUGGCUAGUGUAGGCUGUAGCACUGAUACUAAUGAGAAGGGUGGAAACUCCCUAGUGGAGACAGGUUUGGGUGAUGAUUUCCUUUUGCUGAGUCUAAACACCCAUCAAGCGUUCUCAGGUGUUUAUGGAGGAAAGAGUAAGGCUUUAUAUUCCACAAGCUUGCAUGAAUAGGAGUGUUUUUGUGAUUGCACACUUCCUUGUAUUUAGUAAACACUUGUGUUUUCAGGUUGUUCAAUGUUUAUUUUAAAUGUGGGAAAACUGGUUUCACAGAUCCUAGUCAUCAGUUGUGUAACUCUUCAUUGAUUUUAGACUUUAUCCCCUGUUCUAGUAUCUGUAGGCAUUUUCGUGCAGCUGUAUUGUGCUGUAACUUUUAAACAUUUCGUUGUAGCUAACGUGAGACCUGUGAGGCAGAGCCCCGAUUUUCCUUUCUUUAUGAACAAUUAACAUAAUUGUGUGGCCACGUUCCAAGUGACUGUGCUAGCAGGUAAAUGCAGUGACACCGAGAAGAGGACAUUCUCUUUCGGGGGUCAUUAUGAAUAAAAGAGUGAGGAUAGGAGUGAGCCUGGCGUUCCUGAAGGGAAGAAUGUCAUCUCGAUGCUAUGUUCACAUUAGUGUAAAGGAAAUUUGUUGCACAAGGGAAGUUCCAGAUUGUAGGAAGACUCAAACUCCAAGGUCAUAGUCAAGGUGUGGGAGAUAGGAGCAGCACAACAAUGGGCUAUUCGAGAGCACCAGUAAAUGUUCAUGGCUUCCUAAUACUGUAAAGUACUGGAAACAGUUAUUCGGGUAAGAAGCUAAGUCUGCAAAUGUAAAAGGACUUCUGGCUGAGGAGUGAUUUUUCUUUGUCUGAAAAUAUGAAAUGCGUGCUGUGUUUUGGUCUUGUAAGGCGUAGUCUGGUACUCAGACAUGAACUGUGCAAAUUGUUUAAUGACAGUUUUUUUCAUGGAAGAGACAAAAAUACCUAUUAGAAGGAUCAUCAGAGAUGGUGUGAGAAACGCUCCUCACAGGUUGGUGUGUGUGAAUACUUGGUCCUUGGGGCUGUGAGGACUUACAGCUCUGUCCUAGUGCUCUGGUUUUCAUCCUCUCUUGCUCUCUUUCUCUCAGAUAAAAAUGUGAUGAGCUAGCUUCCUGUUCCCACAGCUAUGCUUUCCCUGCCCACUUCCAUGCCUCGUUCACCGUGAACGCUACCCCCUUUCAUCAUCUUAGUAAUGAUAUUUCUUCAGAGCAGCAGCAGAACAGCCAGUACAGAAGCAUUCGUGCUUGUUGUUUGAGUCCUCUGUGAGGAGAAGACUGAGGGAAAGAGCUCCCAGUGUGGAAGGUGCACGCACAGGAGCCCAGCCAUGACCAGGGUGGAGAGGGCCAGCUUAGCUCCUGUGAGCUGCUCCAGGGAGGCCUGGCUCGCAGACUGUGUGCUGCAUAGCUCAAGCCUAAGGGAGAUGCUGUUAUCAUGUACUUAACAUCACGUGUUACACCCUGUCCUUGGGUUUGGCCUUGUGUUUUAAUUCUUUAAGCUUUGGGCUUGCUUUUUAAUACUUUCACAGUUGGUGUUACUUAUAAAACCUGACUUUAUCUGACAUGACUAAAAUGACUGAAACAUGAAAUGCAGUUGUAGGGUCACACAUAGGGCUCUGUCGUUUCAUGGUAGGGCCGUCCUGUGUUUUUCUAAUGGGUAGAUAACAAAACUGCUGACAGAGGUGACUGUGACAGGGUCUAAGCAGUGCUACACUUGGUACAUAUGGAACCCAGAGCCUUGGCCAUGCCAGGCAUGUGCUUGUCACCAAACUGCAUAUUCAGCCCCUGGGCCAAGGCUUGAGAAGUGGAGUCAGCGACAGAAGUGGUCACUGCUGUGUUUGCAGCUCAGGAGGCAACCAUGAGGGUGAAGCCUUUUGGACUGUUGCUAUAGACGCUCUCACAGAGGUCUGGACAGAUGCACCAUGGCUCCCCCAGUUCACAUACCUGUUGGUGACGGCUCCCUCGGAACGUCUGUCAUGGAUUCUCACCAUGGAUCACUGUUGAGGGCCACCCUCUCACUUUUACAUGUGUGUAUUUUCUUCAUGUACAAGAGUGGAUUGCUACAGAAUUAGACUUAGGGGUUAGACGUCUGCAACCAACAUACUGGUCAAGAUUGGAAAUUUAAAAUGACUUUUUAAUUACCACAUGUUAUUGGCAAGGUGAAGAGAUGUCAUAAUAAAGCAGCGUACAAACAA